UGAUAAUCCGAAGAUAGGCAUAUGUUUGCUUUCCGGAAUGUCGCUCACAUGAAUUUGCCAAGUACUAGAUGCUUAUCUCCCGCUGCCCAAGAAGAUGUCAUACGAUAACAACUGACCCUAUAUCACCGCAUACGCUCCGCUGAUUAGUUGGGCUAUUGAAGUUUUAAAUGUAGCUCUCCCCGUCCAUUAUCUAUUGUAACUCACCAUGUCUAGCGAGCCAUCAUAUUCCGAGUUCAAGCCACUCCUUGCCCAGAGUGUUGGUUAUGGCGUUGUUGUUGGUGUGGGGUUCUUCUUCGCAGCCAUCAUGUUCAUCUUGACCACGCUGCAACUCAAAUUCUUCAAAUUUUCCCCCGCUUCUUCAGAAGAAUUCACGCCUGGUCUAGUGUGUUGUAGCAUCGUAAGUGCAUGGACGUGGAGCGCUACCCUUUUGCAAUCGAGCACUGCUGCAUAUACAUUCGGUAAGAACUUGUGGUAUGGUGUCGGUGGCACCAUUCAGGUCGCUUUUGGCAUGAUUGCCUCCAAAUCUUUUCACUUGUUCACUGGCAUUCAGAUUGUCAAGACGCGAUUUGGGACAAGUGCUCACAUUCUCUUCACAUUUUAUGGAUUUCUGUGUAUCUUAUUAGUCUGCGGGUCUCUGCUACUUGGAGGCUCUGCGACUGUUAGCGCCUUGACCGGCAUGAACACCAUCGCGGCAUGCUUUCUUCUCCCUAUUGGUAUUGCUGUCUAUGUCGUCUUUGGUGGUCUGCGCGCGACAUUCAUUUGCGACUGGAGUCAUACCAUUAUCUUGUUCACUAUUAUCUACAUAUUCGUAUUCCGAGCAUACGGAACAUCACCCGCCAUUGGUAGUGUCUCCAGACUCUACGAUCUCUUAGAACAGGCUAGCCUCGACACUCCAGUGGUAGGUAACGAAGGGGGGAGCUACUUGACUAUGAAAUCGAAUCAAGGGCUUGUGUUCGGUGCUGUCUCAAUCCUUUCUGGUUUUACUGGAGUCUUCUGUGAUCAAGCAAGUCAUCCAGAGUCGACCACCAAGGCAUACAUGCUUGGUGGUAUUUCUUGGUUUGCUGUUCCAUGGGCAUUUGCAUCUUGUCUCGGUCUGAGUGCUCGCGCUCUUCUGACCAAUGCAAGUCCUCCGAAUUUUCCCACUUAUCCUUCUCCGCUUUCUCCAAGUCAGACUAGCGCAGGUCUUGCAGCUCCUGCUGCGGCCGCUGUGCUCAUGGGAAAGGGCGGCGCGAUCACCGUGCUUCUUGUAGUAUUUAUGGCUGUGACUUCAGCUGCUAGUGCUGAGCUCAUCGGCGUAUCCAGUCUAUUCAUAUACCGGACGUAUUUCCGCCCCAAUGCCACUGGAGACGAGAUAGUGAGGGUAUCUCACUACUUCAUAUGUUUCUGGGCUGUCUGGAUGGGCUGUUGGGCAACGAUUCUGUAUGCUGCUCACAUCGACCUUGGAUGGGUGAGUUGCUGUAUACUCAGUCCUGCAGUCAUUCCCAUUGGACUUACUGUUUCGUGGUCUAAGCUUACAAAGGCAGGCGUUUUCUGUGGUGCUAUAGGCGGCGCAUUUUUCGGAAUGUUGGCUUGGAUGAUCGGAUGCUGGAAGAUAUACGGUCAAAUCAACGUCACUAACCUUGCAGAACCGUACUCAGCGCUAUGUAACCCUGCUGACUAUGACUUCUCGGGCACUCGAGCCAUCGCCAUCUUAGAAGAUGCAAACGAAAGUAACGUUUGGGACGAUGACACUCCAAACAGAGCAUCAGACACCGAAUCACAGAACAAGAAAAGGGGCACCAGCGAAAAAGGGUCGUCGUUCAAACAGCCAGUUUCCAACAUCAUGGAACUCAGGCUAGAGAAGGAUAGGAAUCACGCGCUUAUGUAUUCUUCGAUUUUGACAUUGAUUGUUGUCAUACUGGUCAUCCCAAUUCCCAUGUUCUUCUCUCAUUAUAUCUUUAGCAAGAAGUUCUAUACCUUCUGGACAGCUUGCUCGAUUACAUGGGCACUCGCGAGCGGGACAUUUUGCAUCGUCUUACCCUUGUGGGAGUCCAGAGUUGAGAUUGGUACGAUAUUGGGUUCAGCUUAUAGAUCAAUCUACAAAUAGAGUUCACUUUGAACUCCAAGUUGCUUCAUGUAUAUAUCUUUCCUGUUGGCAUUAGGUUCCAGCUUCGUCUGGCUCAGGAAGAGUCGGAGGCACGAGCUGUGUGUCUGGGCUGGUCCGAGCUUGGGAAGCAGGUGGAGCCGCUGGGUGGGCAGGAGACCUACGAAUUCUGUCGUGCUCUAACUCUUGUGUGGUGCAAUCAAAAUAGUGUCUUUAUAAUACAGUGACAGUUCAACAGGCUAAUUGAGAGAGAGCAAGGAACGAGAAGGUUAACGAGCGAGAGUUUGAAGUCUCGGUGUCGUAGGUAGGUCGAAAAACGAACGAAAGGAUUCCAGACGCUAACGCUCACCUGGAAGUGUGGG